AUGUUCUCAUCUUCUUCCAAGGACAUGAUGAACGCCGCCGAAGGAACCGAGCAACCAACAGAGGCGGGGUACGAGGAAGUCUACGUCCACCCGGUGUGCCAUGUCCAGACUCCGGAGAACAGGUUUGGACCUGGUAUCCGUGAGAGUUUCACGGCCCAUGUGGACAUGCUCAACACGGCGGCUGUCGGGGACGAUUUCGAUUUCGACGAAGACGACGCAGACAGCGCGGACGAUGAUUACCCCGAUGACGAGGACGAAUACGAGUCGGAUAAUGCCAAUCCCGCCGGCACCGGUUGGUUGCCUUCGUUGAUCGGGAUGUCUGCGAACGAGUUGAUGAGCAUGAUGGGCCCGGUCCAGGCCUUGGGGCUGGGGCUGGCGGACGCAAAUGAGGCAGGAACAACGUCAAAUACGCCUUCGUUUCCUCACUGCUCUAGCGGGCGGUGUAAUUUGACGGCCCUGUCACAGCGAUACAACCUCUACUUUGCAGCCUAUCAAGACAAGAUAUACGUGUACCAGCCGCAGCGAGCACCACGAAUUCUACCGCCGCCAUGUCUGAUUCUUCACCCGGCCACCACAAAGCUCGCGGCUUUGUAUCCCGGAGAGCUCGACAGGAGGUUUUCUCACCAAAUCAAUAACAUGAUUGUAGGGAAUCUGGGGAACCUGGAGAUCGUCCUGUUUGCGUGCGACGACGGCGACAUUGGAGCCUACUAUACACACGCGUUGGUGCACUGGAUCAAGACGUACCCCAAGCAGGACGGGGCUGGGCCUUUUUCUCGAUCUACCCCAAAACCCAGGAUGUUCUUUCACGAGAACGUUACCCUUUCGGCGUGGGGUCUAGCUAUUCAUCAGCAGUCUCGCCUGAUUGCGGUUGGAUCCAACAGACACGAGGUCACUGUGUUUGCGUUUGCUCUCCCUCGCCAGGACCAGGAGGAUGACGCUUAUGAGCUCGACGAGUCGCCCGAGUUGUGGACGGGACAAACCGCCUUGCAGCUUCAGAAGCAUUUCCAAUCGAGGACGAGGACGUGGAAGAUUACUUUGCCGCUUGGCAUCAGUGGCCACAACAUACCCAGCGUGUCUUUUCUUGACGACGAGCAUGGCAAUGCGGACAAGAUAGCCGCUAUUGACAUUUGGGGGGUGGUGUGGCUACUUGACAUUUGGAAAAUUGGAACCGGGCCAGUUGUCAUACCAGCCACCUCGGAAACACACAGGUACCUUCGGGGAUGGUGUGUCAUGGUUCUUCCUGGCAGUGCCUUCAAACCGACAAAAAGUGCCCGCGAAACAUUGGGAGUGACUGCAAAGGAGAUUCUCCAGCCCAAAGCCAAUGUCCUGGACAUCACGUGUGGGCUAUACUACGUCAAGGACCUUGCCGUCAAUGUGGGCGACAUGAUCAGAAACAGGCCUUACGCCAACUCUACCGUUUACGAAAAGCUGCAUAAUCUAGCUACCGGCGGUUGUCCAGCUCCUUCUGAAGAGGGCAGCUCAUCUUUGUCGAGUGAAUGGGAAAGCGUGAGCGGGGACUCGGACUCGGAUGACGACGACAGCCUCAUUCCGAGCAUGGCGCUCAACCCUCCUAUGGGCAAUGCGGUGUCGACCACGCGAUGGGGGGCUCUUAACAGGUCGGUAAACUCGAGGUCCUCGGCGAUCAAAGAUUUAUUCGACGAGGUUCAGUUACGCCGAGAAAUCGUCCCGAUGUCGGGAGAGACUCCGGACCCGGGGAAACCACCGCUGACACACCAAUCGGUGUCCAGGAUUUGCAACGACAGGCAAAAGAGGGCGGAACUGGCACGGGUGGACGAUUUCGGGGCGCUUCCAAAGAACUAUUCUCUGCUGCGCACCUCGGCGGCGGAUCUCGAACUUGUUCCCUUUGACAGGACAUUGGCGCGGCCGGUGUUCAGGCACGUUUUGACAUUUCUGGCGCCGGGGCUGGGCCAGCCAGUACAUGAUUUCAGCCAGAUACGCUCGGAGCGCAUUCACAUGAUGCUCCAUGUGCCAGAGUUGUUCCUGGUGGUGCUUGGGUCUGAGGUGGGAAGGGUCGCACUUGUGACGCUGACGAAGUCGGGCAAGGUGGUGGAUGGGGUGCCGCUGCGGAGGGGGUUCAGAGUUGAUUGCGUGCUCCCUCGCAAGGCGGAGGAGAAGAAGAAGGUCAGGCCGUCGUGCGGGCUGGUGGGGAUUGCGAUUUCGCCUGAGCCGGUGCCGGGUCCGAGGGUGAAGGGGCAGCUUGAGCUAUGCCCGCAUAGCCUGAUAAGUGGAUUUUCCCAC